AUGAUUGUACCCGUGAUAACCCUUGACUGAAUAUGUUAACUGAAUAUUCUACCGGUUUACUUUGUGACCGCUCAUCAUGGAAAGACUUACUGUUUGUCUGGUGUUGAUUUUCAUAUCUGGUACUCAAAGCCUGUGCACCAAUACAAAAGGUUAUGAUUCAUGUCGAUCUUAUGGAAGAGGAAGCUGCAGUGGGAUAUAUGAAGGUUGGGCCAAAGCCAACUGUGCCCAAUACUGUGGAUAUUGUGUGGAUCCAAAUGCAACCCCGAUACCCUGUAUCGACACCAUCACCAAUUGUGCACAGUACCCAAAAGAAAUCUGUACUAACAAAGGUUACCGGAUAUGGACAGAAGAUCAUUGCAGAAAAUCCUGUGGGCUUUGUGGAGCUAAUUAUACCACGCCAGCAAUACAAGUCCACACUACCAUGCAGCCACCAACCGUGGGUGGUAAUUGUAAAAAUACACAGAAUGAUUGUGAUAAUUAUCUAAACACUGCAUGUGUUGGUGUUUAUGCUCCCUGGGCUAGUCAACAUUGUGCUUUAAGAUGUGGAUACUGUCCUGAACCCGAACCAUGUUUUGAUAGAAUCGAUUUCUGUGCACAGUAUACCAGUGAAGUUUGUACGGAUGCUAAGUAUUUUGUGUGGGCAAGAAUCAACUGUAGAAGGUAUUGUCGUCUCUGCUACAACCAGACUAACUAUUUUAAUGGCACUUACACCGACGGUCGGGUUCCAGACAAGAUACAGGAUAAGCAAACUACUAUGGCUGUUGUACAACACACGACUCCACGACCCACGCUGAUUCUUGGACAUUUCAUCGGUGGAAAGAACACCUUUAUUGUUGAAGGACCACCUUCCAGAGUACAUGGCACAUGCUUGUACAAAGGUAAUACAUACAACUUGAAUGAUAAAUGGUAUGAUCAGUGUGAUUAUGUAUGUGAAUGCUUUGAUGUCACCAGAAAUAGAAUGAUCUGUACAGACAGGUGUUCACGGUGGGAUUUCACAACUAUUGAUAACUGUAAGCUGGUUACUGAGCCAGGGGAAUGUUGUCGAAAACUCGAAUGCCAGACAUUUAAAUAAUUACCUGAAAUUGUAUGUACAACACACAGCAUCAAAUGAGUUUUGGGUUAUGUAAUCAAUUUUUACAUUUAUUAGCCUAAAAUAAUCACGAACAUAUAAUAAACAUAAUUCC